CGCACGCGCGGGCCGGAAGGCGGGGGCGGCUCCCCGGGCGCGCGCCGCUUUCCUGCCCUCAGGUUUCAGAAGUCCGUCCUGGGAGGAGGUGGUGGCGAGCGGUUCUGCGGCCCAGAAAAAUCCUGCAAAAAUGUCUCUGUAUCCAUCUCUUGAAGACCUGAAAGUAGACAAAGUAAUUCAGGCUCAAGCUGCCUUUUCUGCAAACCCUGCUAACCCAGCAAUUUUGUCAGAAGCUUCUGCUCCCAUUGCUCAAGAUGGAAGUCUCUAUCCUAAACUGUAUCCAGAGCUCUCUCAGUACAUGGGCCUGAGUCUAAAUGAAGACGAAGUACGUGCAAAUAUGGUCAUGGUCCUUGGAGAACCAGUGCAGGGGUUGGUUGUAAGACCUUCCAGUGUGAACUAUAUGGUGGCUCCUGUAACUGGUAAUGAUGUUGGAAUUCGAAGAGCAGAAAUUAAGCAAGGGAUUCGUGAAGUUAUUUUGUGUAAGGAUCAAGAUGGAAAAAUUGGCCUCAGACUUAAAUCAGUAGAUAAUGGUGUAUUUAUCCAGCUAGUCCAAGCUAAUUCUCCAGCAUCAUUGGUUGGUCUGAGAUUUGGGGAUCAAGUACUCCAGAUUAAUGGUGAAAACUGUGCAGGCUGGAGCUCUGAUAAAGCACACAAAGUGCUCAAACAGGCUUUUGGAGAAAAGAUUACUAUGACUAUUCGUGACAGGCCCUUUGAACGGACUAUUACCAUGCAUAAGGAUAGUUCUGGACAUGUUGGCUUUAUCUUCAAAAAUGGAAAAAUAACAUCCAUAGUGAAAGACAGCUCUGCAGCCAGAAACGGUCUUCUCACAGAACACAACAUCUGUGAAAUCAAUGGACAGAACGUCAUUGGUUUGAAGGACUCUCAAACUGCAGACAUACUCUCAACAUCUGGGACUGUAGUUACUAUUACAAUCAUGCCAGCUUUUAUCUUUGAACAUAUUAUUAAACGGAUGGCACCAAGCAUUAUGAAAAGCCUGAUGGAUCACACCAUUCCUGAAGUUUAAAGGUCAAGUCAUAAUGGAAACUUAGCUGAACUACUCCACUGCAGUUUACUUCUUCAGCAACUUCUGUAUUAUGCACAUAAAGCUUUCCAGGAGCCAAGGAGCAUAUGCUGCAUGGAGAUCUCUCUGUCUUACAUAUGGCUGGGAAUCUUACUGUAAGAUCUGAUAUCUUGUUCAUACUUCAAGAUAGUUGUAGCCUUAUCCUGGUUUUACAGAUGUGAAACUUUCAAAAGAUGUACAGACUUUCAUAGAAUAGUUUAUCUACUGGAAACUUGAUGCUUUGUACAAGCCAUUAAGAUGAUGAUAGGCUCUUCCUUUUGUGUUCGAACCAGUCACCUUUAUAUACUGAGUCCUGAUCCUAUUACUUUAUACUUUAUUUCUGUGUUGCCAUAUUAUACUUAGAAUGAUUGCCUUUGAUAAUUUUUUUCCUAGUUCUGUUUAUCUGGGUAUGUGUGUGUAUGUAAGACGCUAAUUAAGUAAACUGGUUUCAUUCCAUUUACAGUGUGUGUAAAUUGCAAAAGAUUGUGGUGAUUAACUACCUUCACUUAAUAUGCUUGGACUGGCACCUUAAUCAUGUUAAUUAAGCAUCUAGAAUAAAAGCCAAAAUAUAAUUAAUUGCUGCCUUUAUAAAACACAAAAUGUAACGGAAACAUACACUAACCCAUAACAAUUUCAUGGUACUUAUAUAGCUAUUUAGUUCUAGUCAUUGCAUAAUUCUUCUUCUAAAACUUCUUACUUUGAGAAAUAUCCUUAUGUUAACCAUUAUAUAAACUAGCUACUUUGGAAUUGUCUUAGAAUGUUGUCAUUGUUGCAUUCCUGACUCCUCUCUGCAUACAAAAUGGCAGUGACAAUUUUGUUUUUAUGCUUAUUCUGAUUAUACAUGUAGAAAUAAAAGUUAAAAUUUCA